AUGGCGAGACCAAACAUGAUCAAGGCCACAAGACGGGCCAUCAAAGAUAGUCCCAAGGAGAUCUUCAACUGGUAUCUCCUCAUGUGCACCUGCAUCUGGAGUUUCUCUGGUGUCGCCAAGGGUUUCGAUGAAGGAAACAUCGCCUCCCUCGUCAUCAUGGAGGUUUUCAAAGAGCGCUUCGGAAUCGACGACCAGACUGAUCAUCAAUAUGCAAACACAAAAGGCUGGAUCGUGGCUAUCGCUACGGCUGGUGCAGUCUUUGGAUGUUUGGGUUGUGUUUGGCUCACUCAGCGACUUGGCCGAACGCGUACCUUUCAGUUUUUCACUGUUGUUUACAUGGCUGGUAUCUUUGGUCAGACGUUUAGUAGUGGGAAUCUUGGUGCUCUUUAUGCCACCCGUGUCAUUGCUGGUAUUGGUAUUGGCGCGACGACUGUUUUGCCUUCGGUCUACAUCGCAGAGAUUUCGCCCCAACCUAUCCGCGGUCUCUUGACCCUCCAAUACACCUGCUGCCAGCAACUCGGCGUCGUCUUCGGCUUUUUCUUCAACUACGGCGUCACCAAAUACCACGCCGGCACAAACCUCCAAUGGCAGCUCCCAACCGCACUUCAGCUCAUCCCCGCUCUCAUCUGGGGUGUCGGCACGUUCUUCACUCCCGAGACUCCCCGCUUCUUGCUCAGCCAGAACAAGAGAACAGAGGCACUUGCUACGCUUUCUCGGUUCCGAGGACUUCCAGAGGAUCAUCCUCAUGUGCAAUCUGAGUUUCAGGGUAUUGAGAGCCAGUUGAACCAUGAGAUUGAGAUCGUUUCUGGCGCCAAUACUUGGGACUUGAUCAAGGAGACAUUCACGGAUCUGUCUAACCGACGACGAUUUGUUCUCAUGUUUGCUUGCCAUGUCUUUGGACAGUGGUCCGGUGCCAAUGCCAUCACUCAGUACAGCCCUACCAUCUUUGGAUAUCUUGGCAUUGAGGGCACAGAAGCUCGUUUCUUGGCUACUGGUUGCUACGCCAUCUUGAAGUUUGUGUCGGUCCUCAUUUUCUCCGUGUUUGUCAUCGACUUCAUCGGCCGACGUCGAUCUCUCAUGACUGGAAUCACCAUGCAGAUCUUUACUCUAGCUUUUGUUGGAGCUUACCUCAAGGUCACCAAUGGCUGGACUCCCGAGAAGAUUGAGGCAAGCUCGUCUGCCAUGGCAGCUAGUCGCGCAGCUAUUGCAGCCAUCUACAUCCAUGCCAUCGCUUGGUCCAUCGGCUGGUUCUCCAUUCCCUACCUCGUCUCAGCCGAAGUCUUUCCUCUCAGAAUUCGUUCCAUCAACGUUUCCAUCCUCAUGGCUGUUCACUGGGCCAUGUACUUUGGCUGCUCACGUGCCAUGCCUUCUCUCUUGGCAGCGACUCAGCGUUAUGGUGCUUUCAUGUUCUUCCUUAGCAUUUGCACUAUUUCUCUUGUUUAUGUUUACUUUGCGAUGCCUGAGACCUCUGGUCGAUCUUUGGAGAGCAUGGAUAAGUUGUUUGAGAGACCCUGGUACACGGUGCACAAGAUUGCCUACCCUACUGCUGAUGACUUGAAGCCUGCGGCUCGCGAGAUCCUGGAACCUGAGAUGAAAGAUCAAGAGUCUGUGGUCUCAAAACAUGUUGAGAACAGAUAUUGA